AUGUCUACUCACGUACUUACAUGUACCACUUACUAUAUCUGCACAUUACUCACCCUCCUCCCGAGGCAUCAACGCCUAACCACGCCCCACAAUGCGCAUUUAUCGCUUUCAUCAUCAGCACCAGCACCAGCAUCAGCAUCAGCAUCCUCUUCGGCAUCACACUCAAAGCUUCUCCGCCCUCGCCUCGCCGAUCCGCCUUGUUCACGGGUAAAUCAUCGGUGCCCCCACCCCUUUUUUUCGAUUCCAUCUCCCUACACAUGCUUUGUCUCCCUACCCACACACGGCCACAACCACGCACCAAAAAAAAGCCCCGUCUUCACACUUGCACCACACGUCAUCGGCGUCAGACGGCGUAGCUGGGUGUGCGCAUGUGUAAUGUGUGUGCAUGUGCGUGUCAAGGGGAAGAAGGAUUUGACAGGCUUUUUUCGCACCACCGUCACCGGGACGUGUGCCUAG